AUGGCUACUGCAAGCUCCUUCAAUCAUCCUAUAGAAGAUUUGACCUGUGAUGUAUGUAGCAAGGUUUUAUCUGUGAAACCCAUCAAAAUGUACGGCGACAUAGUGAAGUGCGGGAGGUGCAGUCAUGAAGGCGACGGUGGCGUUAUCUGCGCAUUGAAUAAUUAUGAUGAAAAUCAUCUCUUCAAAUGCAUCAACCGAUUCGCCGGAUGUCGCAAACUGCUGACCAGCUCGCAGGUGAGGGCCCACGAAGAAACCUGCCAGGAAUACUUUUACCCAUGUCCCUACUGCCCGGGGUUGUUUUUGCAGUCUUUUUUGUUGGAAGAGCAUUUUCUGCAGUCCCACAGCCUGAGUGUUUUGGAUAAGCCCGUGAUUCGUAUUUCUUACGGCUUCAUUUUCCGCGUGUUUUUGUACAAGUUAAACGAUUUUUUGUUUUUCAUCGAUUGUACUGUGGAUCCUGAGACGGGCCUAGUGGAUGCGAACUGUACUCCAGUGGGCGAUCCUUCGGUGGUUUUGCAAUAUUUCGAUAUCUCCAUGGAAACUUCAACAGUGGUUGAACCCAUGGAAGAACUGCAUUUGCCGGCUAAUGAGCAGGCCGUUCAGCGGAAGUUUGACCCGGAGUCCGAUUUCGAGAAGACUGUCAUCGUUACAUUCAGGAACCACCAAAGUUACAGCAGAGGGGCUCACUCAGGACAUUCGUACUCCAACACUUACUUUCACAGUUCCGUUAACCACGGUUCAUAUGGUAAAGGGCCAGGACAUCACACGGGUUACGAAGGCAACCACGGAAGUUUAGUGGAUUACCAUGGAUACAACGAUCAUGGAGGUUACGAUGAGAGCCAAUUUUAUCACGAUCCCCCGAAAUACGAAUUCAAGUACGGAAUCGAAGAUCCCCAUACUGGCGAUGCAAAAAACCAUUAUGAAAUAAGAGACGGGGAAGUGGUCAAAGGGCAAUAUUCUCUAAUAGAGGCCGAUGGAAGCUUGAGGACAGUAGAAUAUACUUCUGAUCCUCAUCACGGAUUUAGAGCUAUCGUUCAUAAGUCAGGACAUGAGUCUGUUUCUUAUGGACAUUGA